GUCAAUCAUCAAUAAACGUUACAUGUUUCGCCGACUGUCUUUACAUCCUCUUCGCCUCUUGAGUCCGAGAUCUCUGAGAUGUCGCCACGUGUCUACGGCUAAACCUUUCUACAUUACUACUCCCAUCUUUUACCCCAAUGCUGUUCCUCAUAUAGGCCACUUGUACUCCCUCUUGAUAGCAGAUAUUUAUUAUCGCUAUCAUUCCCUUAAAGAUCCCUCUCGACCAGCACAGUUUGUCACUGGAACCGACGAGCAUGGCCUGAAGCUCCAGAAAGCCGCUCAGACCAAGGGCCUUCCCCCGAAGGAAUUCUGUGACCAGCUCAGUGUUCACUUCCGUCGACUGUCCCAAACCGCGAACAUCUCGUAUACUCGAUUUAUUCGGACGAGCGAGGAGGCGCAUGAAGAGGCGGUACAACACAUAUGGCGCGAACUAGAUUCCCAGGGUCUCAUUUACAAAGGGACCUACUCGGGCUGGUAUUCCAUCACAGACGAAUGCUUCUACCCAGAUGGCGCCGUAACGCAUAUCUCAAGGUCCCCAACGCAAACCAUAGCCACAGAGACGUCCUCUCCUGUCGAGUAUACCACGGAAACGAACUACAUGUUCCGUUUAUCGGCGUUUCGUGAAGCCCUGUUAGACCAUUAUACGACACACUCAACGUCCAUUUUCCCUCAACAAUAUCUCACUGAUACCAUCGCCAUCCUGUCAUCUCCGCUCCAGGAUAUUUCCAUCUCCCGGCCACGCUCGCGGCUCUCUUGGGGUAUAGAGGUUCCCGGUGAUCCAGAACAUACGAUAUAUGUCUGGAUAGACGCAGUGAUAUCGUAUUUGACUGCUAUUGGAUACCCCUGGAAAAAUACCGACUCUGGCUUCUCCAACGGCUGGCCUGUUGAUCUUCAGAUUAUUGGGAAGGAUAUUGUCAGGUUUCACGCGAUAUAUCUGCCAGCUAUUUUGUUGGCGCUCAAACUUCCGCUGCAGCGCCAACUCCUUGCUCACGCGCACUGGACGUCGUCUCAGAAGAAGAUGUCCAAGUCCUUGGGAAACACUACAGACCCGUUUGAUGUUAUGGGCACGUAUGGCGUUGAUCCUAUCCGAUACUACAUGGCAAUAGCGGGAGGCAACUUUCGAGAUGACGUCGACUGGUCCGACGCACAGGUGAAGAAAGAGACAACCGAGCUACGGAAUAUCCUUGGCAAUUUCCUGCUUCGCGUAACCUCUUCAAAGAUACGGGGGAUUAUCCAAGCCGCCAGGGAAAAGGGAGGUCUAGAACCUGCCAAAGAUAGUCGAUAUGAACCUCUUUCAGCCGCCUUGAAGGUUCUCCCCAGCCAGGUAGCGAAAGAUUUAGAAUCGCUCGAAGUCUCGGAUGCUUUAAAGCGAAUAAUGGAAGUGGUCAGAUUGGCAAAUAAGAUACUGACUGACGUGGAGCCGUGGAAUGGAGAUUCUCCAGCUGUUACACUGACGUCGUUCAAUACCUCUAUCGAAACAUUACGCGUCGCUGGGAUAUGCUUACAGCCUUUCAUUCCUGGUACAGCGAGGAAGUUGCUCGAUUCCCUUGGCGUCGGAGAGGAAGAACGGACAUGGGCAUAUGCGGACAAAGCGAGAGCAGGCGUCGGUCUAGUGAAAGGUGUCAAAUUGUUC